AAGGAAUGAGAUGAGAAAUUGAAUACUCUUCUUCUCAACCCCAAUUCUUUAAUCUUGAAUUUGACAAAAUCCAUUUGGGCCAUUUCCGACCAAUUCCCAGUAGAUAAUAAAUUAUAUACUUCCUCCAUACGACCUCAGACCAACAACCCAAAUCCAUAUCCCAAAAAAAAAAUUUCCCCAAACAGCAGAUCUGCUGCUUCAACUCUUCUUCAAUAUGGACUCCAUCAAUUUCUUCAAGGGCUAUGGCAAAGUAAACAAUCCAGCUGGAAAUCAACAACCAGCUUCCAACAGACGACGUCGUAUCCUCUUAGCUGCUUCCCUCGCCGUUUUCUUGACCAUCGUAAUCGGCGCAAUGAUCGGAGCCUUAAUCUACGAGUCAGCCACCGAGCCUCCGGAGUCGGAAGAAGAGCAACUCCCCGCUUCGGACUCGGGCGAGUCACUCAAGACCGUGUGCGUCGUGACUCAGUACCUCGACUCGUGCAUCAACUCGAUCUCUGCUCUCAACGACCCGCCCAAAUCCGACCCGGUUCACUUCUUCAACCUGUCUCUCCAGGUCAGCCAGAGGGAGCUCGCCAGCCUCGCUUCUCUUCCCAAGACCCUAAUCUCCAAGUCGAACGACCGGCGGGCCGAGUCGGCAUUGAAGGACUGCCUUAAUCUGUUCGACGACUCGCUGAGUCAACUCAACAGGUCGGCCGAGUUGAUGAAGGUGGCGGUGGUGGGCCCGGCGGAGAAGCUGUUGACGGAGAUGAGGAUCAGUGAUAUGCAGACGUGGAUUAGCGCUGCGAUGACGGAUCAGGAUACGUGCCUUGACGGGCUUGAUGAGAUGGGGUCGACGGUGGUUGAUGAGCUCAGAGCGCGGGUGCACAAGUCUAGCGAGUACAUGAGCAACAGCUUAGCAAUUCUCAACAACCUGAAAAGUCUUGUUGAGAAGUUUGGUCUGAAAAUGCCUUAAAGAGGAAGGAAGCCUGAUUGGUGAAAGCCGUGGGCUGACAUUAUUCUUUUCUUUUUUUUUUUGUGUAUUAUUAUUUACUUUUCCUUUUUUUUUUAUGUAAUUUAUGUAAUUUUUAAAUUUUGUAUUUUGGAGGUUGUAUUUUGUUGGUUGUUUUCUUGAGGAAUUUGCCACGAUUUUAAGAUAUAAUAAAUAUAAAAUGGUGAGAAGAGCCAAUUAGGAAUA